CCAACAACUCACACCAACGUUCUGCACUCGGAAUUGUUGCGGUUCAUCGUCAAGGCUUACUACAUUCGCAUUAAACGUCUCUGUAGUUCUAGCACUAAUUUACUCCAAUCUAAUCAUCGGUUUAAUAGCCAACGCCUAACCCAAGUCUACCUGCUCAUACGUUCAGCAUGCAUCCCUCUCAGGCUGCUCUCCGUCCCCUCACUCAUCGUGUUGUAACCGGUGCUAUCCGUCAUAUGCACAACCCGAACAUGCCUCGCGCCCGCGGCAUCCUCACCCUCAAAGACCAUGUCUAUUUUGCCAAGGCAACCGCGGAAGGCCAGGGCAGGAACGGUAUUGUAAAGUCUAAUGGUGACGCACCCCUCGAGCUGAAGAUGGCCAUGCCCAAGGCCAUCGGUGGCAAGGGUGAUGGCCAGAAUCCCGAACAACUCUUUGGCAUGGGCUAUGCUUCUUGCUUCCUUGGUUCGCUCCAGCUGAUGGCGGCGCGGGCGGGCAAGAAGCACAUCGCUGAGAACUCGAAGGUUCACACCAAGGUGUAUCUCGGACAUCCCUCAGAUCCCGAGCUGGAGGGAUUUGGUCUUCGGGUCGAACUUACCGUUGAAGGGUGUGAUGACGAUGAAGUCAUCGCUGCUGCGCACAAGUUCUGCGCUUACAGCCGUGCACUUAAGCACGGCGCCGAGGUGACGGUCAAUAAGAUAUGAACGUCCUUGCUUUCUGUCGGGAGCAUUUGCCAUGAUCGCUGCGGUUUAGACUUACGUUUUCUCACCAUACGCAAACCACGUUGUUCUCAGGGCAGCAAGCGGCUCCAUUUUCGUCCGACCGAUUUGUUUUGUGCAUCGUUAAUCGUCCUUCAGUGUAGCUUUACGAAUCUUGGGAAGUCGUGCAGUAGUUCUUCGCCGGGAGUUGAUUGCGAUUGUCACGUUGUGAUGAAUAUCCAGUCUCGAAUGAAGUAUCUGCACGCAAUCGUCAAGGAUCACGUUGUAGUCACUCAC